CAUGGCCGACAUUAAAGUGCAGUAAAGCUGGUGGUAGGACCGAAGAAGCAAGGAUUCAAUAAGACAUCCAGACAGGGAAGCCUGGACAGCCGAGGGAAGGAUGCCAUCUCCAUCUUUUUCCCUUGAUGCCCAGCUGCGCUUCCAUGACAAAUGGCUGAAGAUAGACUUGCAGCGAGCCUUCUCUCCUGAAGGACUGAACGAGAUGUGGAACGAGAUGGUGAAGGAUGGAGAGAUUGUCUUUGAUCGAGAAGAGUCCGCCCAUCCAGAGGACUGUGCUGAUUGCACCCAAAAGAAAGAUGAUACAAACGAUAAGGAAAAGAAGGAAGAGGAGGAGGCGGCUUCGUCUUUCCAUCACUCCAUCAUUGAGAUGUGGGACUGGGGGAGGCAGCCAGAAACUGGAGAGCUAAAGGACUGUCUGAUGGCGCUGGUAGACGACCAACAGAAGCUGUCUUCACAGACGGCUAAGAGCACACUCUCCACCCUGCGCCUGGGCCAGAGACUGGUGAUCCUGGAGCGCUACCUCAUCUCACUCACCCACAGCAUGAUGGAGGAAAAGUACAAAGUGCGCUGGAAGAGUCCCCCCAGCCCUCCGCUCUCUGCCGUUGAUAACAAAAGUACUCGGCCAGUCAGUAAAGGAGUGGAGGGUUUGGCUAGGGUGGGAUCAAGAGCAGCUCUUUCCUUUGCCUUUGCCUUUCUUCGCCGAGCCUGGAGAUCUGGAGAUGAUGCAGACCUGUGCAGUGAGUUACUGCAGGAGUCUCUGGACGCUCUGCGGGCUCUCCCAGAAGCUACCCUGUUUGAUGAGGGCACAGUGUCGCCCGUCUGGCUGGAGGUGGUCGAGAGGGCUACCAAAUUCCUCAGUGACAUCCACGGAAGUGCAAGUGGAAAAGCGGCCAGUAACAUUCCCCUGCAGGAUCAGCACUUGGCCCUGGCCAUUCUGCUGGAGCUUGCAGUGCAGCGAGGAACUCUCAGUCAGCUGCUGUCUGCAGUUCUGCUGUUGCUGAGGCUCUGGGACAGUGGAACCAGAGAAAUGGAUAAUGAGCGCUCGACCCAAGGCACCAGCGCCCCCUUGCUGCCCCUCCUGCAGCGCUUCCAGAACAUCCACAGUAGUAAGGAGGAGCAUGUUCCCCAAGAGGAGAUUGAGAUCCUUUCGGCCCCUUUGAGCCCAAACGAGAGUUUUCUGCGCUACCAUACACUGCCUCAAGAUAAUGACCUGGCCAUUGAUCUGCGGCAGACAGCUGUAGUCAUCAUGGCACACUUGGACCGCCUGGCAGCCCCAUGCAGCCCCCCGCAGUGCAGCUCACCCACCUCUAACAAGGGUACCCUGCAGGAGGUGAUUGGUUGGGGUCUGCUUGGAUGGAAGCCUUAUGCUAAUGUGAAUGGACCAAUUCAGUGCAAGGCACUGUCAAACCUGGGCGUCACACAGAUUGUCGGCUCAGAGAAGGGUUUCCUCAUCCUGACCAUCACUGGUGCUGUCUACACACAAAAUUACAAAAGCACUACACUAGCCCCUAUGCUAGUCCACGCAUUGUCAUCCAGGAAAAUAAUGAAGCUUGCCGCUCACCCGGAUGGGCAGCACUACUUGGCUCUUUCAGUCAAUGGGGAGGUAUUCUCCUGGGGUUGUGGAGAUGGAGGCAGGCUGGGACAUGGAGACACCACGUAUUUAGAGGAACCCACCAUGAUUGCAGUAUUCUCAGGGAGGCCGGCGGGGAAGCAAGUUAUUCACAUUGCAUGUGGCAGCACGUACAGCGCAGCGAUCACAGCAGAUGGAGAGCUGUACACAUGGGGCAGAGGAAACUAUGGCAGGCUGGGCCACGGCUCUAGUGAGGACCAGACCACUCCCCUGCUGGUAUCUGCUCUAAAGGGGCUUAAGGUGAUUGAUGUGGCCUGUGGAAGUGGAGAUGCUCAGACCCUCGCUGUGACUGAGAAUGGUCAGGUAUGGUCGUGGGGUGAUGGAGACUAUGGUAAACUUGGCCGUGGGGGCAGUGAUGGAUGCAAAACGCCUAAACUCGUGGAGAAGUUACAGGAUUUGGAUAUCGUGAAGGUGUGCUGUGGGAGCCAGUUCUCCGUAGCUCUUACUAAAGAUGGACAAGUGUACACCUGGGGCAAAGGAGACAAUCAAAGACUCGGCCAUGGCACUGACGAACACGUCCGCUAUCCCAAACUGCUUGACAGUCUACAAGGUAAGAGGGUGGUGGAUGUAGCGGUUGGCUCUACACACUGCCUGGCCCUCACAGAAGAAGGGGAGGUGCACAGCUGGGGCAGUAACGAUAAACUACAGCACUUUGACACUCUCUUCUCCAAUAAGAAGCAGCCUAAAGCCCUGCCGGGCCUCAAUUCCAAACAUAUAGUGGGCAUCUCCUGCGGUCCUGGCCAGAGUUUUGCGUGGUCGUCAUGCUCUGAGUGGUCCGUGGGGCUCCGUGUACCAUUCGUGGUGGACGUGUGCACUAUGACCUUUGACCAGCUGGACCUGCUGCUUCGGCAGGUCAGCGAGGGCAUGGAUGGCAGCUCUGAUUGGCCACCACCGCAGGAGAAAGAGUGCAUGGUUGUAGCUGCUCUAAACCUGCUCAGACUACAGCUCCAUGCAGCCAUCAGUAACCAGGUGGACCCUGAGGAGCUGGGUCUGGGCCUGGGAAGUGGGCUGCUUAAUAACCUCAAGCAGACGGUGGUGACGCUGGCCAGCAAUGCGGGGGUUUUAAACACUGUGCAGGCGGCCGCCCAGGCUGUGCUCCAGAGUGGCUGGUCAGUGCUACUGCCCACUGCAGAGGAAAGAGCAAGAGCCCUGUCCUCACUGCUGCCCAAUGCAGCAUCUGCUAAUGAGAUGAGUGUAAGUCCUGGCCGUCGCUUCAUGAUCGACCUCUUGGUUAGUAGUCUGAUGGCGGACGGAGGGCUGGAAUCCGCUUUGAAUGCUGCCAUCACGGCUGAGAUCCAGGAUAUUGAGGCAAAGAAAGAGGCACAGAAAGAGAAGGAAAUCGAUGAGCAGGAAGCCAGUGCGUCCUCUCUGCAUCGCUGUCGCACUACACUGGACAAAGACCUGAUCAACACUGGCAUCUAUGAGUCAACAAACAAACAGAGCCUUCCAUUGGUCCAGCUUGUCCAACAGCUGCUCAGAAACAUUGCUUCACAGACUAUAGCUCGUCUUAAGGAUGUGGCACGACGAAUCUCAAACUGCCAAGACACGGAGCAGGUCAGCAAGGAGCGCUCAGCCUCUCUGGACCUACUGCUGCGCUUCCAGAGGCUGUUGGUCUGCAAGUUGUACGUGGGGGUCAGUGGCACUGUGGGUGUGGGAGGAUACACUUUGAGUCACUCAGAGAUUCUGGGAGUGGGGUCUCUUUUGAAGAAGUACAUGGCUUUGCUGUGCACACACAUUGGAGAUAUUCUUCCUGUGGCCACCAGCAUCGCCCUCAACAGUCAUCGUCACUUUGCAGAGGUGGCACGUGUCCUUGAGGGAGAUCUCACAGGUGUUUUGCUACCAGAGUUGAUUGUGUCCAUCAUGCUACUGCUGACCCAUGAUGCUGGCCUGAUGCAGGAGACUGGAUCCAUUCCUCUCCUCGGUGCUCUUCUAGAGCACGUGGACCGUUUUAACCAUCUUGCCCCUGGUAUGGAGAGAGAUGAUAAUGAGGAUCUCGCCUGGCCUGGACUCAUGGGUUUCUUUUUUAAUGGGUCGAGCUCAAAGAACAAUGAGGAAGUGUCGCUUAUCCGUAAAGCUGACCUGGAGAAUCAUAACAAAGAUGGCGGCUUCUGGACUGUCAUUGAUGGGAAGGUUUAUGACAUUAAAGACUUCCAGACUCAAACUCUAACUGGGAACAGCAUCCUCGCCCAGUUUGCAGGAGAAGAUCCUGUGGUAGCUUUAGAGGCCACUCUACAGGUUGAAGACACCAGGGAGUUCAUGCAAGCUUUCUGUGUGGGACAGUACAUGGAGCCCAACCAGGAAAUGGUGACAAUGCCUGACUUGAGCAGUCUGUCCUCACCUCUGAUAGAUGCUGAGAGAAACCUUGGUCUGCUAUUGGGGCUACAUGCCUCAUAUCUGGCUAUGAGCACCCCUCUCUCUCGCAUAGAGUUAGAAUGUGCCAAAUGGCUCCAGUCAUCGAUUUUCUUUGGUGGUCUUCAGACGAGUCAGAUCCACUAUAAUUAUAAUGAGGAGAAGGAUGAGGACAACUGCAGUUCUCCUGGGACCACCACACCAGACAAAGCCAAACUCUACUGCCACAGAAUCACCCUGAGUGAUCACGCCCAGCCCUUCCUGCAGGCCAUCGCUGACAACAACACCCAGGACCACACUGUGAAGGACUUUCUAUGCCAAAUCGAGCGGUGUUGUAAACAGUACCAUCUCAUCACUCCCAUCACUUUUCCGCCUGAACAUCCUGUAGAGGAAGUGGGCCGCCUGCUGCUCUGCUGCUUUCUCAAGCACCAGGACCUUGGUCAUGUCGCCCUCUCGCUUGUUGAUCAAUGUGCCUUGGGUGUGGACCAAGGGAAACAGAGGUCCCUUCCGAAAUGUGUGAUUGAUGUGUGUCGAAUGGUGUACCAGGCAAAGUGUUCUUUGAUAAAAACGCACCAGGAGCAAGGCCGCUCUUAUAAGGAGGUGUGCGCCCCAGUGAUCGAGAGGCUGCGUUUCCUGUUUAAUGAGCUCAGACCUGCCGUCAGUAACGACCUGUCCAUUGUGUCCAAACUGAAGCUGCUGAGCUCUCAGCCUCGCUGGAAGAGGAUCACGCAGAAACUGAUCAGAGACCGCCGCAAAAAGAGAGUGCCUAAGAAGUCAGAGUCAGCUGAUCUGGAGGAGUGCAAGAUGGAGAGGGAAGGGACCAAUGAGGAGCUGCCUGCUCCCAUCAGCCCUGCCCCUGUGGACAAGAAACAAACCACUGUCAAAUCCCCAAAGCAGGAUAAGUGGCAGCCUCUGCUAAACACCAUAGGCAGUGUUCAGAAGUACCGCUGGUUAAAGCACAGCGUUCAGGGCUCCUUCUCUCAGUCCAGCCUCAUGAGUGCCAUCGUUGAGUUUGCUCUGAAGGAGGAACCGCUGGAUGUGGAGAAGAUGAGAAAGUGCCUCCUUAAACAGCUGGAGCGAGCUGAGGUCCGGCUGGAGGGUAUAGACACUAUGUUGAAGCUGGCAUCCAAAAACUUCCUCCUGCCCUCUGUACAGUACGCCAUGCUCUGUGGUUGGCAGAGAGUCAUACCUGAAGGGACCAAUAUUGGAGAACCACUUGCUGACUGUCUAAAAGAUGUAGAUCUCAUUCCUCCAUUUAACCGCAUGCUGCUGGAGGUGACAUUCGGUAAGCUCUAUGCCUGGGCCAUCCAGAAUAUCCGCAACAUCUUGUUGGAGGCCAGCGUCAAGUUCAAAGAGCUGGGUGUGCAGCCAGUGCCUCUGCAGACCAUCACUAAUGAAAACCCAGCAGGCCCCAGUCUGGGUACCAUUCCUCAGGCUCGCUUCUUGCUGGCCAUGCUCCAUAUGCUCACUCUCAAACAUGGAGCCAACAGCCUCAGUCUCCUGCUGAACUCUGGCAUCCUCGCCCUCACCCAGAGUGUUCUUCGACUCAUUGGUCCCAGCUCUGAUAGCAGUGAGGAGGAUCCGAGCUCUGUAGCUCAUGGAGGCUCAGCUACAGUUCUCGAGGAGUCCAGGAAGGAGACGGCCCCCACCCCUCUCCCUGCCUCUGGCCCUGAGUUGGCAGCUAUGAUGAAGAUUGGCACUAGGGUGAUGAGAGGACCUGACUGGAAAUGGGGAGAUCAGGACGGGCCACCACCAGGCCUGGGCCGUGUGAUUGGGGAGUUGGGAGAAGAUGGCUGGAUUCGUGUCCAGUGGGACACCAGCAGCACCAAUUCCUACAGGAUGGGCAAAGAGGGCAAGUAUGACCUUAAACUGGCCGAGCCGCCACCUGCUACCCAACCGGCCACAGAAGACUCUGAUACAGAGGACGACACAGAAGUGGAGGUGAUGGAGAAGAGUGUUCACCCCACUGCAAUCAUGUUGACCAGUACAGUUAAUCUGUUGAAGACACUAUCACUAUCCUCUGGGAUUCAUGCUGAGGUGAUGCAGGCUGACGCUAUUAGCACUCUGUGCGGUCUACUCAGGAUACUGGUGGAGAGUGGAAUCAAUGACAAGAUUGGUUGUGCAUCUCACAAGCUGGUGUCCCGUGAGCAGCACAGGAGCUGGUGCACGCUGGGAUUUAUUCGCAGUAUAGCUCUCAUGCCCCAGAUGUGCAGUACCUUGAGCUCCUAUGCUUGGAUCAGUCUGCUUAUACGCAUCGUAGAGGGCCAUCAGUCCUUCACCGCAGUCACGCUACAGAGACAGAUUCUUGCCCUGCGGCUUCUACAGGCUGUAUUGCCAUCCUGGGAUAAGACAGAGCGCUCUCAGGAUAUGAAGUUUCUGGUGGAGAAUCUCUUUGGGUUCCUUGGCAGCUUGCUCAGCACUUGUUCCUCAGAUCUGCCCCUCCUCAGGGAAGGUUCGAUACGUAGGAGAAAAUCACGCCCUCAAGCCUCUCUGACAGCCACUCACAGCAGUACUCUAGCAGAGGAAAUAGUGGCCGUACUGCGUACACUUCACUCCCUUGGCCAAUGGAAUAGCCUUAUUAAUGAAUAUAUUAACUCCCAGCUCAGCGGUAUCAGUGGUGUCAUGGCAGGCAGACACACUGAAGCGGCUGUGCUCGAAGACUACCUUCCCAAUGCAGAAGCCCCCGCGGUGGGCAGUCUGAUGGCAGUUUUGGCAGUCAUUGGUGGGAUCGAUGACCGUCUGCGUCUGGGAGGACCUGUGGUUCAUGAGGAAUAUGGGGAGGGCACUGUGACUCGCAUUACACCUAAAGGACGAAUCACUGUUCAGUUCCAUGAGAUGAGAAACUGCAAAGUCUGUCUGCUCAGUCAGCUCAAACCGCUUCAUAUGAUUCCAUUCAGUGUUCAGAACCUGCCCUUCACUGAGCCUAUGCUGACGGUGUGGGCUCAGCUAGUCAACUUGGCGGGAAGCAAACUAGAGAAACAACGCAUGAAGAAAUCCCUCAGCAGAGGACUUCCGGCUGAUCAGGUGGAUGUGCAUUUGUUGCGGUGUCAGCAGCUCAGACUGUACAUCCUGAAGGCAGCGCGUGCUCUGCUCUCCCACCAGGACAAACUCAGACAGAUCCUUUCUCAGCCAGCCAUCAUAGAUGUCAGCCCCAAUCCUCCAGAGGAUCAGUGUGCGUCGUCUCCUGAUGUGGGAGAUUUUUCUCCAGAGGGUCUUCAGCCUCCCCUCAUCCUCCUCCAGCAGCUGCUGUGUUGUUCAUCUCACAAGCUGGUGUCCCGUGAGCAGCACAGGAGCUGGUGCACGCUGGGAUUUAUUCGCAGUAUAGCUCUCAUGCCCCAGAUGUGCAGUACCUUGAGCUCCUAUGCUUGGAUCAGUCUGCUUAUACGCAUCGUAGAGGGCCAUCAGUCCUUCACCGCAGUCACGCUACAGAGACAGAUUCUUGCCCUGCGGCUUCUACAGGCUGUAUUGCCAUCCUGGGAUAAGACAGAGCGCUCUCAGGAUAUGAAGUUUCUGGUGGAGAAUCUCUUUGGGUUCCUUGGCAGCUUGCUCAGCACUUGUUCCUCAGAUCUGCCCCUCCUCAGGGAAGGUUCGAUACGUAGGAGAAAAUCACGCCCUCAAGCCUCUCUGACAGCCACUCACAGCAGUACUCUAGCAGAGGAAAUAGUGGCCGUACUGCGUACACUUCACUCCCUUGGCCAAUGGAAUAGCCUUAUUAAUGAAUAUAUUAACUCCCAGCUCAGCGGUAUCAGUGGUGUCAUGGCAGGCAGACACACUGAAGCGGCUGUGCUCGAAGACUACCUUCCCAAUGCAGAAGCCCCCGCGGUGGGCAGUCUGAUGGCAGUUUUGGCAGUCAUUGGUGGGAUCGAUGACCGUCUGCGUCUGGGAGGACCUGUGGUUCAUGAGGAAUAUGGGGAGGGCACUGUGACUCGCAUUACACCUAAAGGACGAAUCACUGUUCAGUUCCAUGAGAUGAGAAACUGCAAAGUCUGUCUGCUCAGUCAGCUCAAACCGCUUCAUAUGAUUCCAUUCAGUGUUCAGAACCUGCCCUUCACUGAGCCUAUGCUGACGGUGUGGGCUCAGCUAGUCAACUUGGCGGGAAGCAAACUAGAGAAACAACGCAUGAAGAAAUCCCUCAGCAGAGGACUUCCGGCUGAUCAGGUGGAUGUGCAUUUGUUGCGGUGUCAGCAGCUCAGACUGUACAUCCUGAAGGCAGCGCGUGCUCUGCUCUCCCACCAGGACAAACUCAGACAGAUCCUUUCUCAGCCAGCCAUCAUAGAUGUCAGCCCCAAUCCUCCAGAGGAUCAGUGUGCGUCGUCUCCUGAUGUGGGAGAUUUUUCUCCAGAGGGUCUUCAGCCUCCCCUCAUCCUCCUCCAGCAGCUGCUGUCAGCAUCUACCCAACCAUCCCCCAUCAAAGCCAUAUUCCACCGCCAGGAGUUGGAGGCAGCAGCUCUGGCAGUGUGUCAGUAUCUGGCAGUUGAAUCCACACACCCAUCCUCCCCCUUGUUUGAGGACAGCAGCUCCAGCGAGGCCACCACACCGGUCACUGUACAGCAUAUGCGCCCACCCAAGCAGAAGAAACACAAGACUUCACCUGUGCCACCUGCACCCAUCGUCCUGCAGCUGAUGGAUAUGGGCUUUCAAAGGAAAAACAUUGAAUUUGCCCUUAAAUCACUGUCUGGAACCACAGGCACUUCUGGAGUGCCAGGCGUAGAGGCUUUAGUGGCCUGGUUGUUGGACCAUCCAGAUGUUCAUAUUACAGAUCUGUCAGAUGCAGAUACUGUAUCGGAUGAAUACUCUGAUGAAGAGGUGCUGGAAGAGCUAGAGGAGCCUGAACCAGCCUUCCCUCUGCCUCCUGGGGUUGUGGUAACGGAGAGUCAGACGUUUAAAAAGAGGUUCGAUUUUCAGAGCAAUGAUGAUUACGCAGUAUAUGUGAGAGAGAACAUUCAGGUGGGCAUGAUGGUACGGUGCUGCAGGACGUAUGAGGAAGUAUAUGAGGGAGAUGUGGGGAAAGUAAUCAAGCUGGACAGAGACGGCCUGCAUGAUCUGAAUGUGCAGUGUGACUGGCAGCAGAAAGGAGGAACGUACUGGGUCCGUUACAUCCACACUGAGCUGCUGGGGUUUCCUCCCCAGAGUUCUCCGUCUCAUAUAAAGAUUGGUGAUAAAGUGCGAGUGAAGCCCUCGGUCACAACGCCAAAGUACAAGUGGGGAUCUGUCACGCACAGGAGCGUGGGAGUAGUCAAAGCAUUCAGUGCCAAUGGGAAAGAUGUGAUAGUGGACUUUCCUCAGCAGUCACACUGGACUGGGCUGCUGUCAGAGAUGGAACUCGUUCCUAGCGUACAUCCUGGUGUCAGGUGUGACGGAUGUCAGAUGUUCCCUAUAAAUGGCUCCAGGUUUAAGUGUCGGAGCUGUGAUGACUUUGACUUUUGUGAGAGCUGCUUCAAGACCCGUAAACACAACCCUAGACAUUCAUUUGGACGAAUAAAUGAACCAGGUCAGUCACCCACCUUCAGUGGGCGUUCAGGAAAGCAGCUGAAGAGACAUCACAACAGUCAGCGUGGCAUGCUGAUUGAUGAGUGGUCCAGAGUGGUGAAGAACCUCAGCGUUUCAUCCUCUGUUAACCAGGCGUCUCGGCUCAUAGACUGUGGAGAGCAAUGCUGGCAGUCCUCAGGCUCUCAGGGCAAGCACUGGAUCAGGCUGGAGCUUUUCCCAGACAUCCUGGUCCACAGACAGAAAAUGAUUGUGGAUCCAGCUGACAGCAGCUACAUGCCUUCACUGGUAGUGGUAUCAGGUGGAAGCACUCUCAACAAUUUGACUGAGUUGAAGACCAUCAACAUCAAUCCCACAGACACUGCUGUCUCUCUGCUCAGUGAUUGCACAGAGUAUCACAGGUACAUCGAGAUUGCCAUAAAACAGUGCCGGAGUUCAGGGAUUGACUGUAAGAUCCAUGGCUUGAGCAUUGUGGGGCGUGUCCGCGCCGAGGAUGAAGAUCUGGCUACUGUGCCUUUCUUGGCAUCUGACAAUGAGGAAGAGGAAGAUGAGAAGACAGCGACUGGAAGUCUGACUCGAAAGAGGUUGUCGGGGCUGGAGUCGGCUGCCAUCAUCAGAACCAAAGUCUUUGUCUGGGGUCUCAACGAUAAGGACCAACUUGGAGGACUUAAGGGGUCUAAGAUCAAAGUCCCAUCAUUCUCAGAGACCCUGUCUGCUCUGAAUGUAGUGCAGGUGGCUGGAGGCUCUAAAAGUCUUUUUGCUGUAACGGCUGAAGGCAAAGUUUAUGCUUGUGGAGAGGCCACUAACGGAAGACUUGGUUUAGGACUGUCCAGUGGAACCAUCCCUAUACCAAGACAGAUAUCUGCCCUCAGCAACUAUGUGGUCAAGAAAGUUGCUGUACAUUCAGGUGGAAGGCAUGCCAUGGCGUUGACUGUGGAUGGAAAAGUAUUCUCUUGGGGUGAAGGAGAUGAUGGCAAGCUUGGGCAUUUCAGUCGAAUGAACUGUGAUAAGCCACGGCUAAUUGAGGCAUUGAAAACCAAGCGCAUACGAGAUAUUGCCUGCGGCAGCUCUCACAGUGCCGCCUUCACCUCCAGUGGUGAACUGUACAGCUGGGGUCUGGGUGAAUAUGGCCGGCUGGGCCACGGGGACAACACCACUCAGCUCAGACCCAAACUGGUCAAGGUGCUUCUAGGCCAUCGUGUUGUCCAGGUGGCUUGCGGAAGUCGAGAUGCGCAGACCCUUGCCCUCACAGAUGAAGGACUGGUGUUCUCAUGGGGAGAUGGAGACUUUGGGAAGCUGGGCCGUGGCGGAAGUGAAGGCUGUAACAUUCCUCAAAACAUAGAGCGUCUAAAUGGGCAGGGGGUGUGUCAGAUCGAGUGUGGAGCUCAAUUUUCCCUUGCCCUCACCAAAUCUGGAGUUGUCUGGACCUGGGGUAAGGGGGAUUACUUCCGACUGGGUCACGGCACAGAUGUUCACGUGCGCAAACCCCAGAUGGUUGAAGGACUGAGGGGAAAGAAGAUUGUUCACGUGGCUGUAGGGGCCCUGCACUGCCUGGCUGUCACAGACACUGGACAGGUGUACGCUUGGGGGGAUAAUGACCAUGGGCAGCAGGGGAACGGCACAACCACAGUCAACAGGAAGCCUACGCUGGUGCAGGGUCUAGAGGGGCAGAAAAUUACCCGUGUGGCCUGCGGCUCCUCUCACAGCGUGGCCUGGACCACCGUAGAUGUCACCACACCCUCCGUCCAUGAGCCUGUCCUCUUCCAGACUGCUAGAGACUCUCUGGGAGCCUCUUACCUUGGUGUGCCAUCAGACAGUGAUCCAUCUUUACUAAGUAAUAAGCUAAAUGGUGUGAACAAUGUAAAGCCCAACAGGCCAUCUCUGGCAAAGAUUCUGCUCUCUCUGGACGGUAAUCUGGCCAAACAGCAAGCCCUGUCCCAUGUACUCUCUGCCCUGCAGAUCAUGUAUGCCAGGGAUGCUGUGGUGGGAGCACUGAUGCCUGCCUUUAUGAUGCCUCUGGAGUGUCCCUCCAGCUCUCCGGUGCCCCCUUCGGAUUGUUCAUCAGCCUCCAGCCCCUGUGAGGCUGAGGGUCCGGCCCUGCCCUCAGAAACAGAGGAAAGGGUCAGUCCGCACCCCUGGAUGGACAGCAAACGAGGAGAGGUGACCACGUCUGAGGAUGCCACUACCCCUUCAUCAGCGGUGACCCCUUCAACUGCCUCUGCUUCAUCUCGCCCCUUUAUCCCAGUCACAGAUGACCCUGGUGCUGCCAGCAUCAUUGCUGAGACCAUGACCAAAACCAAAGAGGACUCUGAGAGCCAGAGUAAAGCAGUGGGCCCAGAGCCACAAUAUCUGGAUGAGUUCACCAGUCUGCUGGUUCCUGAUGACACACGUGUGUUGGUAGACCUGUUAAAACUGGCUGUGUCUCUGCGCUCAGGCGAUAAAGGCAAGGAGGUGCUCUCUGCUGUGCUGUCUGGCAUGGGUACAGCCUUCCCACAGGUGGCAGAUAUGCUGCUGGAGUUGUGUGUGACUGAGUUAGAGGACGUAGCCACUGACUCUCAAAGUGGACGGCUGUCAUCGCAGCCUGUGGUGGUGGAGAGCAGUCACCCAUACACUGACGACACUUCCACUAGCGGAACUGUGAAAAUACCAGGUGCUGAAGGAUUGAGGGUGGAAUUUGAUCGCCAGUGUUCAACAGAAAGGAGACACGACCCUCUUACCAUCAUGGACGGAGCCAAUAGGAUUGUGUCUGUUCGAUCAGGUCGGGAGUGGUCUGAUUGGUCCAGUGAAUUGAGGAUUCCGGGAGAUGAGCUCAAAUGGAAGUUCACCAGUGAUGGCUCUGUUAACGGCUGGGGCUGGCGCUUCACUGUCUAUCCCAUAAUGCCUGCCGCUGGUCCUAAAGACCUCCUGUCAGACCGUUGCAUUCUGUCCUGCCCUUCGAUGGAUUUAGUAACAUGUCUGCUGGACUUUCGCCUGAACUUUGCUUCAAACCGUAGCAUUGUUCCAAGGUUGGCAGCCUCUCUUGCUGCUUGUGCCCAGCUCAGUGCCCUGGCGGCUGGUCAUCGUAUGUGGGCCCUGCAGAGGCUACGAAAACUUCUAACCACUGAAUAUGGCCAAUCCAUAAACAUCAACCGCCUCUUAGGAGACAGUGAAGGAGAGGCUCGCUCUAUGAGUUUUACAGGAAGUGAAGCAAAAUGCUGUCUUUUUCCCAGCCCAUGUGACCGUCCACGCGUGAUUGAGUCUCUCAGAGGGGUGGAAGUUGUGGACAUUGCGGCCGGUGGGGCCCAUAGUGCCUGCAUCACAGCCAGCGGAGAGCUCUACACAUGGGGCAAAGGUCGUUAUGGUCGCCUGGGUCAUGGAGACAGUGAAGACCAGCUUAAACCAAAACUGGUGGAGGCUCUGCAGGGUCACCGGGUGAUAGACGUUGCAUGUGGCAGUGGGGACGCCCAGACCCUGUGUCUGACUGAUGACGACAUUGUCUGGUCAUGGGGGGAUGGAGACUAUGGCAAACUGGGCCGAGGAGGUAGUGAUGGAUGUAAAGUGCCUAUGAAGAUUGACUCAUUAACUGGAUUGGGUGUUGUGAAAGUGGAAUGUGGCUCUCAGUUCUCUGUGUCGCUCACAAAGUCUGGAGCAGUUUACACAUGGGGGAAAGGCGACUACCACAGACUGGGACACGGCUCGGAUGAUCAUGUACGCAGACCCCGGCAGGUCCAGGGUUUGCAAGGCAAGAAGGUCAUCGCCAUAGCAACUGGUUCUCUUCACUGUGUAUGCUGCACAGAGGACGGUGAAGUGUACACAUGGGGUGACAAUGAUGAGGGUCAGCUCGGUGAUGGGACCACCAAUGCUAUUCAGCGGCCCAGGCUCGUGGCGGCACUGCAGGGCAAGAAGAUCAACCGUGUGGCUUGUGGCUCAGCACACACACUUGCCUGGUCCACUAGUAAACCUACCAAUGCUGGAAAACUGCCUGCUCAGGUUCCUAUGGAGUACAACCACCUGCAGGAGAUCGCCAUCAUAGGCCUGAGGAACCGAUUACUGCUACUGCACCACAUCUCAGAGCUCUUCUGCCCCUGUAUCCCAAUGUUUGACCUAGAAGGACGACUGGGUGAAACUGGACACGGCGUCUCCGUUGGCUUUGACACACUGCGAGGAAUCCUUAUUUCGCAGGGCAAGGAGGCAGCAUUCCGAAAGGUGGUUCAAGCCACGAUGGUUAGAGACCGACAACAUGGGCCAGUGGUGGAGCUAAACAGGAUACAGGUCAAGCGUUCCCGCAGUAAAGGAGGACUGGCAGGACCGGAUGGCACCAAGUCAGUGUUUGGGCAGAUGUGUGCUAAGAUGAGCUCUUUCAGCCCUGACAGUCUGCUGCUGCCACACCGGGUCUGGAAGGUCAAGUUUGUGGGAGAGUCAGUUGAUGACUGUGGUGGUGGAUACAGUGAAUCUAUCGCAGAAAUGUGUGAGGAACUACAGAAUGGUCUCACUCCUCUCCUCAUCGUCACUCCUAAUGGCCGAGACGAGUCAGGAGCGAACAGAGACUGCUUCCUGCUCAACCCAGCUGCCAAGUCCCCUCUGCACAUCAGCAUGUUCCGCUUCCUAGGUGUGCUCCUGGGCAUAGCAAUCCGUACAGGAAGUCCUCUAAGUCUGUACCUGGCUGAACCUGUGUGGAAACAGCUGGCAGGCAUGAAUCUCACCAUCGCAGAUCUCAGUGAGGUGGACAAGGACUUCAUUCCCGGUCUGAUGUAUAUUAGAGAUAAUGAGGCGUCUGCAGAGGAGUUUGAGGCUAUGCCUCUGCCCUUCACUGUGCCCAGCGCUUGUGGACAGGAAGUCCAGCUCAGCUCCAAACAUUCCCACAUCAGCCUAGAGAACCGCAGCGAAUAUGUGCGGCUAGCAGUAAACUACAGGCUGCAUGAGUUCGAUGAGCAGGUGUCUGCAGUAAGGGAAGGUAUGGCACGUGUCGUACCGGUGCCUCUGCUCUCUCUCUUUACUGGCUAUGAGCUGGAGACCAUGGUGUGUGGCAGUCCGGACAUCCCCCUGCACCUGCUCAAAUCAGUGGCCACAUAUAAGGGGGUGGAACCCACUGCUCCUCUCAUCCAGUGGUUCUGGGAGGUGAUGGAGUCUUUCUCCAACACGGAGCGCUCGCUCUUCCUCAGGUUCGUCUGGGGUCGCACGCGCCUCCCCAGGACCAUCGCAGACUUCCGUGGACGAGACUUUGUGGUGCAGGUGCUGGAUAAAUACAACCCACCUGACCACUUCCUCCCAGAGUCCUACACCUGCUUCUUCCUGCUCAAGUAUGAUCCUUGUCCCCAAUUGUAA